UACACCAAUGGCUCCCUGCGGCCCAUCAUCUGGUGGGCACCUGACCUUCGGCACCUGGAGGACGCCAACAAUGACCAAAACUCCUGCGCCCUGGGGUGGCUGCAGUACCAGGAGAUGUUGCAGCCCAGCAGAUCAGUGCAGGCGGCCGGGGACAGUCCCUGCUCCAGCAUCCCACGAGGCGAGUGGAGCCGCCUGGCCCUCUUCGACUUUCUCCUCCAGGUUCACGACCGCCUGGACCGCUACUGCUGUGGAUUUCAGCCCGACCCCUCCGAGCCCUGCGUGGAGGAGAGGCUCCAUGAGAAGUGCCGAAACCCAUCGGAGCUGGUCCUGGUCCACAUCCUGGUCCGGAGGAGCGCCCCGUCCCGUCUGGUGUUCAUCGACAAUGCGGGCAGGCCACAGCAUCCUGAGGAGAAGCUCAACUUCAGGCUCCUCCAAGGCAUAGACCGCUUCCCAGCAGUGGCGGUGGCCACACUGCAGUCCAGCAGGCUCCAGAGCCUGCUCCUGGAGUCGCUGCGUGUGGAUCGGGAGCUCUGGGAGAGCCAAGGCGGCGCGAACGGCCUGAGACCCCUGCUGCAGACCAUCGACAGGCGGGCACGCAUCCUGCUGCGGUACAUCCGGGAGCGCAACCUGACGGUGUCUGGGGACUCGCUGCGCUGA